AUGUAUGGCUUGCACCAGUCCACGUGGGCCAAUAUUUUAGACUUUAUACUGUUCUAUCUUAUGCAGAAUACAUUACCUGCUGUGAUCCUCGUAACCACGCCAAAGGGAUCGCCACUUCGUUAUUUAACUAUUCCCUAUCUGGUCUGGGCUGCCAGUCGGUUUAUACGUCCCUUUGCACCAGCAGGCUGCCCUACUUGGUGUCAGACUAUCUGCGUGCUCGUUCUAGUGGUCAUUCAAUCGAUAAAUUUUCUCUUAAUUCAUCCCUUGGAUCGAAAUGAUAUCGUUCAAAUUGCCAAGAAUCCGCAAAGUUUGGUAUCUAGCGUUCUCGCCGCAGCGAAAACUCUAGUUCAAACACGAGGUGUGAAUACACCAUGGCAGGCGAAGAACAUCCCUCCUCAUGCGCUAUAUUAUAGUCGAAGGGGAAUGCAAAGCCCUGAGCGGUCGCUCUUUUUACUUCGGCAAUCUGCGAUCUUCUUCUGGCAAUACCUGGUCCUUGACAUCAUCCAAACAAUAACUGUUCAAAAUUCGCCGCCAUCGCACCAUACUCGUCCAUUGAAGCUUGAAUGGAAUGUUUCGCUUCAUCAAUGGGUGGAACGAGGAACCACCCAUCUAGCCAUCUGGUUCAUAGUCAACCGAUUAAUUGGAGACUCUGUCUAUCGCUUGCUAUCGAUCGUUUUCGUUGGCCUCGGUGAAGACAGCCCCUCAGACUGGCCUCCUGCAUUUGGACGCAUUUCAGAAGCUUAUACCUUACGGAACUUUUGGGGCAAAUUCUGGCAUCAGUUUAUGCGUCGACCAUUUACAUCUCCCAGUACCUUCAUUACACGCGAUAUCUUGAGACUUAAACGGCCUUCUCUUGUUGAGCGAUAUGUCAAUUUAUUCUUGGUUUUCCUUUGCUCAAGUCUAUAUCAUGUAAUUGUCGAUCUUUUACAAAGUGUGCCCAUCCAGAAUUCAGGUUCUAUUCCGUUCUUCAUGGCUUUUAUUCCCGCAAUCAUGAUCGAGGAUAGUGUGCAAUGGCUAUGGAAACAGCUCUCUCCGUCUAGAGCCCAAGAUUCGAAUUCUCGUAAGUCUGAGCCGCCCGCAUGGCAACGAACUCUUGGAUUCUGUUGGGUCAUGGGUUGGCUUGCUGUAUCAUCCACGUGGUAUUUUACCCCGAUGAUACAAUCGACUAGCCAGGACGUCUACAUGGUUCCCUUCAGCUUCUGUCAAUUAUUUGGCAUGGUACCUAUGGCAACAUCGUGUGUUUGCAGCGGCGUUCUUCUUAUAUACGUGUUCGAGGUUGAGCUUUGA